GCACAGAUCAUGUUUUGCACUUUGAAUACUCAUAAAGUUGAUAUGGACAAGCUCUUAGGUGCACAAAUUGGCCUUGAAGAUUUCAUAUUUGCCCACAUAAAAGGACAACGAAAAGAAGUGGAAGUUCUUAAAACUGAUGAUGUGCUUGGGCUUACCAUUACAGACAAUGGAACUGGCUGCGCGUUUAUAAAGCGAAUCAAAGAAGGUACCCUUAUGGACCAAACCAAAAUUAUCUGCGUGGGUGACCACAUAGAGGCUAUAAAUGGGAAAAACGUGUCGGACUGUCGGCAUUAUGAAGUUGCCAAAAUGCUAAAAGAUCUGGAGAAAGGGCAGCUGUUUAAGCUGGAGUUGAUAGAGCCGAUGAAAGCAUUUGACAAGCUGGAACCAAGGUCCAAAGGCGGAACUCUGCCAGAGGCUAAAAUCUCCAAAGGGAGAGAAACACUUCGGCUGAGAACCAAAGGCCCUGCUACUGUGGAGUCAAUGCCAACUGAAGUUGAAGAAAAAGCAAUUAAAAAAGUGGACGAGCUUCUUGAAACCUACAUGGGGAUAAGAGAUAUUGAAUUAG